ACUAAGAUAGGUCUGUGGUAGCAAAUUUCAAACCAUACCCUUUUUCUGCUCAUUGUUGUAGCUUCAAUGUUGUUACUUAGUCAUGGAGGGGUCAUUGUUGUCUUCACUCUCAAUGAUAUAUAAUGGUUGAUGUUGUUGACUCUCUCAUUCAUAAUCAUACCUGCUCCCAAUUAACCCACCACUGUGAAUUUUGGUAGCUGUAAGAUCAAUAGAACUGGGUUUUUCUUUCUUUUCAAGUUGUAACUUGAAGGAUCAAGUUACUCAUGGUGAAAACAGAGUUCAUCCUAUUAAUUCUUGCUACUUGCUUCUAUUUGACACCCUUGUUUCCCAUUUUCUUGAAAGCAGAAGAUAGCAUAACUCCACCACAAACCAUCAGUGGCAACAAGACACUAGUUUCCCCUACUCAAAAUUUUGAGCUGGGUUUCUUCAGUCCAGGCAAUUCCACUAAUAGAUAUCUUGGAAUAUGGUACAAGAACAUUCCAAAGCAAACUGUUGUUUGGGUUGCAAAUAGAGACAAGCCAUUAGUUGGUUCUGGUGGCUCCUUAACAUUCAGCAAUGAUGGGAAGCUCAUCCUUCUAAGCCACAUAGGAAAUGUUGUAUGGUCCUCAAAUUCUUCUGCUUCACCUGCAAGUAAUCCAGUAGCACAGCUCCUAGACUCUGGAAACUUUGUCUUGAAGGAUUUUGAAGAUGGAUUUGAGGGAAUUUUGUGGCAGAGUUUUGAUUAUCCAUCUGACACAUUGCUACCAGGAAUGAAGCUUGGUUGUAACUUCAAAACUGGCUUGAACAUACAUUUAACUUCUUGGAAAAACAGUGCUGAUCCUUCUUCAGGAGAAUUCACCUACAGUGUGGAUCCCCGUGGCCUUCCUCAGCUUUUUCUUCAUAAGGGAAACAAGAAGGUCUUCAGAAGUGGACCAUGGUAUGGGCAACAAUUCAAAGGUAAUCCAGUUCUCAGGGAAAAUCCAGUUUUCAAACCCAUCUUUGUGUUUGAUUCGGAUGAAGUGUCUUACUCAUAUGAGACUAAAGCUAGCAUCAUCUCAAGAUUUGUGCUUAGUCCAUCUGGUUUGAUUCAGCAUUUCUCGUGGAAUGAUCAUCGGUCUACUUGGUUCUCUGAAUUCAAUAUUCAAGGGGACCGUUGUGAUGAUUAUGGCCUUUGCGGUGCUUAUGGUGCUUGCAACAUCAAUAGCUCCCCGAUUUGCGAGUGUUUGAAAGGUUUUGAGCCUAGGGUUUCAGGUGGAUGUGUUAGGAAGAAUGCACAGGUUUGCCGAAAUGAUGAUGCAUUUAAGCUUUUUGAAGGAAUGAAACUACCAGAUUCUGAAGAGUUUCUUACAAAUUAUAGCAUCAGCAUUGAUCACUGUGAAGCAGAAUGCUUGAAGAAUUGCUCUUGUGUAGCUUAUGCUAAACUAGAUAUCAAUGCAAGCGGCAAAGGCUGUAUUGCUUGGUUUGGGGAUUUGUUCGAUCUGAAACAGGUUUCUGUGAAUGGGCAAGAUUUCUAUGUGAGAGUUCUGGCUUCAGAACAAGAUUCAAGUGUUGAUAAAGAGAGAAGGAAUAAACUCUUACUGCUUCCUCUGGCUAUAUCAGUAUCGAUUUUCUCGACUAUUAUUGUCUCCGCAUUAUGGUUCAUAAUUAAGAAUUGGAGAAAAAAUGGAGCCAAAGAGGCAAAUAUUCAAUUUAGUGUUGGAAGAGCUAGGAGCAAGAGGAAUGAGUUUGAACUUCCAGUAUUUGAGAUUGCCAUUAUUGAAGCAGCUACAGGGCAUUUCUCUGUUUACAAUAAGAUUGGAGAAGGUGGAUUUGGUCCUGUAUACAAAGGUCAACUUCCAUCAGGACAGGAAAUAGCGGUGAAAAGGCUUUCAGAAAGUUCUGGACAAGGCCUGCAGGAGUUCAAGAAUGAGGUUGUUUUGAUCUCCCAACUUCACCAUAGAAACCUUGUCAAGCUUCUGGGUUGUUGCAUUCAGGGAGAAGAUAAAAUGUUGGUCUAUGAGUACAUGCCAAACAGAAGCUUGGACUCCUUCUUAUUUGAUGAAACCAAGCGUUCUGUGCUUAGUUGGCAAAAGAGGAAAGACAUUAUAAUUGGCAUUGCUCGCGGAAUUCUGUACCUUCACAGAGAUUCAAGACUAAGAGUAGUCCAUAGAGACCUGAAAGCAAGCAAUGUUCUCUUGGACAGUGAAAUGAACCCAAAAAUUUCUGACUUUGGAAUGGCAAGAAUGUUUGGUGGAGAUCAAACUGAAGCAAAGACCAAGACAGUAGUAGGAACCUAUGGAUACAUGCCCCCAGAGUAUGCAAUGGAUGGCCGCUUCUCUUUCAAAUCUGAUGUUUUUAGCUUUGGAGUUUUACUCUUGGAGGUGUUGAGUGGCAAGAAAAACAAAGGAUUUCUUCACCCAGAUCACAAAUUGAAUCUCCUAGGCCAUGGAUGGAAGCUUUGGAAUGAAAGAAGGGCUUUGGAGCUGAUGGAUCCAAUGGUUGAGAAUGAGGUCCCUUCCUCUGAAGCUCUAAGGUGUAUUCAAGUGGGCCUUUUAUGUGUUCAACAGCAUCCAGAAGAUAGGCCAACAAUGUCAUCAGUGUUGUUGAUGUUGGACAGUGAGAGUGUGUUGCUUCCCCAACCUAGAAGGCCAGGAUUAUAUUCUGAGAGAUUUUUCUUAGAGACAGAUUCAUCAUCACGUGAUAGACUGAAUUCUGCUUCCAAUGACAUAACUGCUACCAUAGAAGAGGGUCGUUAGGAACUUGCCUCUGAAAUUAGCCUAAAUUAAUAGGCAUGAAAUUCAGCAUUAUUGUUUGUUUGUACUCCCUUCAAUCAAAUAAUGCAGAAGCAAGGGAGUAGUAUGAUAUUGCCAACUAUAUUGAAGUAUUAGUAUCUUCUUCUUACUAAAACUUUAUUUACA